AUUACUUGAAGGUAUUACGUGUCAAUUAAUUAAUUAAGUAUUAAUUAAUUAUUAAUAAUGUGGGCUGGACCUCCACAUGUUGAUGGCGGUGCCGGGGGGAUUCACUUUGUUGACGGACAGCCAGUCCACGACGGCAAUUUCGGUGGAUCAAACUUAGUCCACGGAGGAAUCGACGUGGCUGAUGGCAAUUUCGGUGGAUCAAACAUCGUACACGAUGGAAUAAAUGUCGCAGAUGGCAAUUUUGGGGGAUCAAAUCUUGUUGAUGGGGGGGUAAAUAUCGUAGACGGUGGUUAUGGUGGGGUAAACGUGGUAGAAGGUGAUUAUGGUGGGGUAAAUGUGGUUGAAGGUGGUUAUGGAGGUGGCCCAACAAUGAGGGCGUUUAGCGGGGAAGUGGAAGCGGAAGCGGAGGAACCGGCGGAAGCGGAAGAGGAGCCAGAAGAAGCCGAAUAAAAUUAGUUUA